AUGGAAUCUUCAGACGCGAUCUCCAAAUCAUCAGAGAUUGGGUCUUUAAUCACCCAUUCCAAUAACGAAAGUCAUUUUGUAGGAAGCUCCAGUGGUGUUUUCUUCGUUAAUACCGUGCGCCAGGCGUUUGCAAAGAGUCUUGGGCCCUAUCAGGCGUCGCCAGCGCCAGCUCCGGAAUUUCCGGCUCCUGAAGACACAAUAGUUGGCCCGCCAAAGUCUCCCCAGGUGAAGCAAGAUGACACCAGAAGCAGAGUAAUGACAGAGUCACGAAGAACAUGGACUUAUGACCCCCAUAUCGCACACCUCCUUGGAAAGGCACCCGCACUUGAGAACGCUCGGCAACUGAUGAUGAUGUAUUUCAAGCUGUGGCAUCCUUUGUUCCCGUUUCUGCAUGGACCGACAUUCCUCCAAGCAAUGGAGGCAUUUUAUUCGGAGAGCACAGCCACAGACAGUGGUUUUUCCAACAUGAUGUCGGAACAUAGCAGAGCUUGUUGGACCACGAUUCUUCAAAGUGUUUUCAAUAUUUCCAGUAUCCUUCAACCGGACCUUCGACUUGCACAGGAAUCAAAGAUCACAUCUGCUGCGAGUGCACUCAAACUAGUCGAUGUACUUGUUAAUCGCCACGACAUACUGUCUCUCCAAGCUCUUCUGGCUCUCCAGUUGUAUCUUGUGGCUACUAUGUCCCUUCGCAGUGCAUCUUUGCUCGGUGGAGCAAUCUUGCGAUCUAUCCUUCACGCGGGUUUUCAUCGCUGUCCUUACCGGUAUCAACAGCUCAAUUCCCAUGAUCGUCAAUUGCGGAAACGUCUUUUUUGGUGUUUUUAUGCGGUUGACCGAUAUUUAAGCCAGGCGUUAGGCUUGCCUCUGGGACUACAGGACUCUGAUAUCGACGUAUGCCUUCCUGGGGCUCACGAGUGUCAUGUAGUAGGAACUUCCAGUUCUGCCCAGUUAUCAUAUCCGUCUCAGCUUGAAAGAACUUCAGAACAAGCCACGAAUGUCAAUAGUCAAGAUAACUUAUCGCAAAACAUGAGUUGGUCUUCCUCAAAAUCCCCACAGAAGGAACAAUUAAAUCGGGAAGCCAUCUUGGCGGGCUAUGUCAUGUAUGGGAAUCUCACUGGUAGGGCUUUGGAGCUAUUCCAUAAGUCAAUACAUAAACGGGAGGUGCGCCGCAGCGCUGUGUUGUUCCUCGUAUCUGAUGUCCACAAAUGGUGGAAUAAUCUGCCAAGCGCUCUACAGGGUCUUAAUGAGCAGAGUGUCAUUGACCUAAGUACACACUCUCAUAAUGAAGAAUCUUCUUUCGACCUAAGCCCUUUCUUCUCUAUUCUCUACGAGCAUCUCAUUCUCUGCAUCAAUCGGCCGUUUCUAUCACUUGAGCCCUCGUCACCCGACUUUUGCUCUGGUCUGCAGAUAUGCAUUAGUUCUGCGAGGAAUAUCUUAUCUUCGCUGAAAACACAGCUCGCAAGGGGCCAGGCUCUCUUUUGGCCAGGUCUGCUAUCUGCAACAUACAUGGCUGGGACAAUAUUCCCUUUUCAAAGGUUGCCAAGUGGAGAUCAGGACUGCUCGAAUACAAUUGGCACCAGAUCAGAACACACCUAUCAAACCGAGCAUAAUAUAUCAUUUGAAGGAAACAAAAGACGGAAAAUAGUGGAUAAUGUCCCUGAUCGGGAUGAUCAUAGCACAUACCAGCGCGACCAAGCCAACGAAGAAAUCCCAAGUUCACUCACAGAUCCACGAAACUUCCCCAUAACCUCUGCACCAACACAACCUCAACACGAACCCGACGAACAACUUUCUUCCUCAAGAAUAAUGAACGGAUCGCGUCGAUCUAUCCAACAGGAACAUCUCACCUCUACUACAAACACCGACGAGAAUGCAGAUAGUAACACCAACACUUCUCAACAACUCCACCAGCCUCCUCUUACAAUGACUGUCAGCGAAUUCGAAGACCUACAAUGGCUUAAUGAAUCAUCCUCUCUGACGACGAAUUUCGACCUCAACAUGACAGACCUAUUUCAAAACUCGUCUUGGGAUCCCAUGCUAUUUGAUGCCUUCACACAAGGCCAGACGUCGCCUCAGCAGAUGAUGGCGUUCGAAAGCCACCAUCAAUAA